GUUUGAAUUCUGCACAGCGCCGACCACAAAAAUCAGCCAAAAUAGAAACAGCCCUUUACUGACCUCGUACUUGGGCCAGGUGCUGGGUUUGACACCCAUCUGAGCCCAACGUAUUGUGUCAUUGUUUGGGACCUUUUUUUUUUGCAGCUGUCGGCUUCAGCAGAAAGGCAGUCUAAACUAGGCGGACUCCCCAUGCACUGCAGGUCCGGAAGAGGAAUGUUGGGAGAGGGAGGAGGAUGCACACCCACCACACGGAUGAAUAUAGCUGGUGCAACUGAAUGCUGAGGAGUAGCGAAGAGGAAGGGCCAGAUUCCUGCUUUCGUUGGUGUCGCAGAUUAGAUCUGGGCUAGAGUGACGAAGGAGAGGGGUCAGGUCAGGCGCCUGGUAUCGCGCUGUAAUCUGGGUCGCAGUAGGCGACUGACUACCGUCUUCCCACGAACACAACGCACCCUCAUUUUGGCUGUAUCAGGCCGGAAAUAUAGCUUGUAUACAUUCAUUUUUAGGGUGCGUUAUGGGGGGAAGACGGUAGUAGGAAGAGGGAAGAAGAAAGAAAAAAAAAAAAAGGAGGAGGAAGGGUCCGGUUUCCACGGCCCCCUUGUCACCGAUGAAAUUUACAUGAGAGUGGCGAAACAGCCAGCAGAAGGUUUGCUUUGUGCUAUCUGGCAAGGGCAGACAGACCUGGUGGGGGGCAGAGUGGCCAAAGGUCAGCCUCUGACACCAGCAACCUGUGUGUAGCAUAACUUGAGGAUGAGAAUCAAGGAGUGAUAGGGAAUAUCGAGGUUUUCGAGCGGGAGGUGGGUGCCAAGCAUGGGAGGUUCAACUGCAGAACCUGGGAUCCAGCUGCUGCCUAUCUUCCGAAGAAGUAGGGACGACAUUGUAGAGGAUUGGGCACGACAGAUUUCGUUUGUCGCACAGUUCGAUGUUCAUGCUGAAAAGCCAUGGAUUGUGUUUGUGACCGGUAUACGGCAAGUUCAGGUUUGGAACUACGAAGAUGGGACGCGAGUUGCAUCGUUUCAGGUGCCGUUCUGCAGUGUAGCUUAUUCUGCCAAGUUCGCGGCGCAGAAGGAUUGGAUACUGGUGGAGGCCGAGGACAGCAUCCUAGUGCUUGAAGUGCAUUCCUGGGUGUCGAAGCCGAAGGUGGGGCGUAUCAAAGAACUCAGGUCGCGGGGAAGUCACGUUUGUGAUAUGGCGGUGCAUCCAACGUUGCCGUACCUCCUGACAGGAUUUGACCAUGAGUAUGUGGAGCUUUGGAACUGGGACUAUGAAUGGACCCGGAUCACGUUCACGGGACACUCGGCCAAAGUAUGUAUGGUCGCGUUUCAUCCACGCGACGUGCGUCUGUUCGCGAGUGCGUCAGAUGACGGCAUUAUCAAGAUAUGGGAUAUUGGGAAAGCGACGGAGACGGAAGGUAGCGAUGUCCAGACGAUUCGCGGCUGCAGCGGACUCUGUGCAAUGCAAUUCUGCAGCAAAGAGGAGCAUCCGCUUCUGAUCACGGGGCUCGUCAAGGGUCAGGUACGGGUGUGGAAUUAUCGCACGGGACUCUGCGUGGCGAAAUUGGAACAACACAGCACCACCGUCCGCGCCGCAUUCUUCCACCCCGAGCUGCCGUUUAUCUUUACUGCAUCGGUGGACGGGGAAGUUAAAGUCUCCUCGGAAUCGGACUAUAAGGUAGUGACGACGUUUUCGAGCGGGUUGAAGAACAUCUGUAGCAUGGCUCCCUGCAGAAACUCAGAUAUGGUGGUGAUCGGAGGCGAGCGGUCAUUCCUUGUGCUAGAGCUGGCUAUACAAUUGAACGAGAACGAGGGAGGGAGGGAACUUCAAGGGCAACGGACACGUAGUAUACACGUGCAUGGCGAAGGACAGGAUCAGACGAAGCAGGCCGUUCAGGAAUCAGCGUCGCUGUCGCCGAAGAAAUCGACAGAGAACUUGGAAACCAAUUUCGACAGCCCGCCGCCGAACGUCAACUCGGAGAAGAGGAGUGACCCGUGGGCGGCAGCUGCAGCUGCCGCGGCAGCUGCAGAAUGCAAAAAACAGGAGAUCUCGCGGUCCGAUAGAAUAGAGCUGCUGAAAGCCAAGACAAGCAGUAUGAUGACAAAGAGGGCAGCGAUCAUGGAAAGAUCUGAAAAGUUCAAGCGUAAGAUCGAGGAAUUGGAAUGCAGACUAGGACAAGAAGUCAAACACCUAGAUGAGCUGAGAACAGAGCAUGAAAAGAAGGAGAGAUUUCAAAUAGAGAAAAUCCAGCAGCUGAAGGCGCACACGAGCAAUAUGGUGGCGCAGAGGGCAACACUGUUAGAGCGAUCCGAAAAAUUCAAGAGGAAGAUUGAGGAGUUGGAACGUAGACUGGAACAAGAGGUCCAUUCGCAACACAUGCCUCCGAACCUGUCCCCGCAGCCCGACCAUGAGGAACAGGAAGGAAGAGCGGAAGGCGACACGGUUCGGGAAGUGGACACAGAGAGUGCGACGCUGGCACAAUGUUCCGAAAACUCACCGAAGCUGGGGAUUGCAGGGACAACAGAGCAAUCGAAAGAAGAGGCUGGCGGAGACGAAGGAGAAAUCACAGAGAGAGAUUCGACACCGGCAGGGGGGGACGUCGCUUCAACGGGGCAAACCCAUCCGUUCAGGAAGUAUUCUGUGGAGGAACUCAUGGCUGCGACCGACUACUUUGCUGACAAGUACAAGUUUGCAGAAUGCGACCCUUACGGCUGUUUUUACAAGGGUAAGCUCGACGACCACACCCCGAUCAUUGUAAAGAAACUGAGAGGGAAUGGUGUGAUGACGAAUCGACCUCCACAACUCAAGCCGGAGGUCAUCGACAGGCUAAGAUCCUUCCAGCACCCCCAUUUGGUGAAGCUCGUGGGGGUCUGUUACGAAGCGCAUUGCCUGGUUUACGAGGGCAUGGCGAAUGAAAGCGUCAAAGACUGGAUCUCCUGUGGCACCAGUAGCCCAACGAAAGGGUGCUUGCCGUGGUAUACGCGCUUGCGGAUUAUGUCAGAGGUUGCUCGUGCGCUCAACUUCCUCCAUUGUAAUCGGACUGUGGGUGGUGCUUCCAUAAUUCACCGCGCGAUCACUCUCGAGAAUAUCCUCGUCGAUGACAACUUCGUCGCAAAGAUCGGUGCUGUUGACGAUGCUCUGCUUGUACCGAGGCUAGCAGGAGGAGGACAACCACAGGAAAUGCGCCUGUUUGUGGGCAUCAACUCGCAGUAUACGGCGCCGGAGCACCUGCGAUCGGGGGUGGUUGACGAGAAGACAGACAUCUACGCGUUGGGGAUCACGCUGCUAGAGAUGCUAACGGGAAAGUUCUGGAAUGCAUUGGGAAUAGUUGAAGGCGCGGUGGAAAAUGCGGAAGCCUUCAAGGACGUGUUAGACCCGAAUGGUGGGCAAUGGGACGUGGAGUUGGCGCAAGAAGUUGCUAGGCUGGGGUUAAGGUGCGCGAGCUUGGAGAGAGACAAUCGGCCUAAGAUGACAACGGGCGAAUGUCAAAUUCUUGCUGUGCUAGAGGGGGUUGCUCGUAAAGCAGACAUAUUAAGUGCACAGCAGGCAAAUGCUUCUACGGGUACGAGAGAUCAACAUACGAGUGUUGCGAAGAGGGCCCGGGUUGAUGUGCAGAGCACAUGAUCCUGCGGCGGUCUAGCUUUUAGGUGGCGGCCUGAAAUACCUUUGUUUGCCAGUCCUGUGCUACGGCACUGAACGGCAGUAGUUGUAGUAUCAGUAGCAACAGGAGGAGGAGGAGGAGGAGGAGAAGGAGGAGGAGUAGGAGUAGGAGGUGGAGGAGGAGUGUUCAGAAAGGUGUGAAUCGAGCACCGUCGUUUAGAUAUAUCUGCAGCUUGAACCGGAGGUCGCAACUCGGUUUUAGAGGAGUUGUCUUGCUGCGAUAAACGCCGUUACGGUACCCUUUUCUUUGCGCUCACCUUGUCCAUUAUUGACUGCUACGGGUACAUUUUUCGCGUCUCAGAAAAGGUGUUGAUAUUUCCUAGCGUUCGUUGAAUGCAGUCGUUGUCGCCUUUUACCAGGCGGAUGUGUGAAAAAAACACCUGAUGGAGGGUGCUUUACCUCUUGUACACAACCAUUGCACAGCCAUCAGGGGGGGGCGGCGCGACAAGCAGCACUUGCGACAAACAAUCAUCAGGUGUGUUCACGGCGCAUUUCAUCUUCGACUUGCUUUCCUUCCUCUGUUCUCACGGCACUUGAUUCUCUCACACACUCCAGAGGUCCAGUUUUGAUACCUCAGCCUUUUUGUUUUUCAGAUGUCACUUCUUUUUUGGGUUUCGCACGGUGGCUAUUUUUAGUACAAUGGAAAGGUGAGGAGGCCAGUUCUCUUUUCUUUUAUUUUUCUCAGAUCGCUUUUUUUCAAAUGUCACUUCUUUUUGGGGUUUCGCUUGGUGGCUGUUUUUGGUACAAUGGAUGACAGGUGAGCCCAGUUGUCUUUUCUUUUCUUCUUCUUCUUCUUUCUCUUUUUCUUUUCCUUUUUCUUCUUUUUCUUUUUCUUUUUCUUUUUCUUUUUCUUUUUCUUUUUCUUUUUCUUUUUUCUAUUUUUUCUUGAGAAUCAACGUCCGGUUUCACU